AUGAAAAAACCUACUUCUAUACUAAAAUUACUUCUAUUACUUAUAACGGGAAACGUUCAAAGUUCAAUUCAUAAGAACCUUGCGCAUUUUGAAACUUUACAUGCUUCAGAAUUUUCUCAUAACAUAGUAAAACGUGGAGUCAAUGAUAGUCCACACCCAUUAAACAAAGUAAAAGAAGUAUCAUUCACCACAUUGGGAAGAGAUUUUCGAUUAAUAUUAACUCCAAAAAAAGGGUUAUUACAUCAUCAGUUUGAAGCCACAAGUAUAGAUGCUGAAGGAAAUGAAACUCCAGUCGCAGUUGAUCAUGACCAUUUUUAUGAUGGCCGGGUAUUUGGAGAGAAAAGUUCACAUGCUAGUGUACAUUUAGAUAAAGGUGUUAUGACAGCUAUAAUUGAUAUUCCUGGUGAAACUUAUCACAUUGAACCAUCUUGGAGACAUAUGGUUGACAAAGAUAACAAAACAAUGGUAACUUAUAAGGCAUCAGAUGUACGAUUAAGUUGGGAACAUUCAGACCUAAAUCAACAUAAGCCAUGUGCUUAUGUAAAAGAGGAUGCCGAGGUGGAAACUGUUGAUGACGACGAUGAUCACUUAAAUUCCAUUACUCGUUCUAAACGUGAUGCCGAUUCUUAUGACUAUAUGAUUACACCGACGAGAACGCGUUGCCCAUUGCUUUUAGUAGCUGAUUAUAGAUUUUUUAGAGAAAUGGGUGGAGGUGAUACAAAAACAACUAUAAAUUAUUUAAUAAGUCUAAUUGAUCGUGUACACAAAAUUUAUAAUGAUACUCUAUGGCUGGAACGUCAAGAAUCUGAUGGAUUUCGCGGCAUGGGUUUUGUUAUUAAAAAAAUAACAGUACAUAGUGAUCCAACUAAAGUGCGAAGUUCAGAAGAUCAUUAUAACAUGGUUCGAGAAAAAUGGGAUGUUCGAUCUCUACUUGAGGAGUUUUCUAAAUCAAAAGAUGUAUCCAAGUAUUGUUUAGCGCAUCUGUUUACGCAUCAAACUUUCAGAUCAAAACGAUCUUCAGUAUUGGGUCUAGCAUAUAUAGCCUCACCUAGAAGUUAUGCAAUUGGCGGCAUAUGUAGUCCUGAGUAUUUUAAAAAUGGGUACACGUUAUACCUUAAUUCUGGCCUAAGUUCAAGCCGUAAUCAUUAUGGUCAACGAGUAAUAACACGAGAAGCAGAUUUAGUUACUGCUCAUGAAUUUGGUCACAAUUGGGGAUCUGAACAUGAUCCAGAUAUAACUGAAUGUAGUCCUACAGCUAGCCAGGGAGGAUCUUUUCUUAUGUAUACAUAUAGUGUCAGUGGAUACGAUAUUAAUAACAAAAGAUUCUCUCCAUGUAGUUUACGGUCUAUACGUAAAGUAUUACAAGCCAAAUCAGCUCGUUGUUUUUCUGAACCAGAGGAAUCAUUUUGUGGUAAUCUUAGAGUUGAAGGAAAUGAAGAAUGUGAUGCUGGUCUAUUAGGUACUGAAGAUAAUGAUUCAUGUUGUGACAAAAACUGUAAACUCAGAAGGGCUCAAGGUGCUCGAUGCAGUGAUAAAAACUCGCCUUGUUGUCAAAAUUGUCAAUUUAUGGCAUCUGGAGUGAAAUGCCGUGAAGGGCAAUUUGCCACUUGUGAGCAAGAAUCUCGUUGUACAGGUACUGGAGCUGAAUGUCCUAAAAGUCCACCUAUGCCUGAUGGUACUGGGUGCCUUGAAAGAGGUAAAUGUCGGUCUGGUAAAUGUAUACCUUUUUGUGAGACACAAGGAUUACAAAGUUGCAUGUGUGAUACUAUAUUACAAUCAUGCAAAAGAUGUUGUCGUAUAAAUUUAAACGAUACGUGUUAUCCAGUUGAUCCACCUGAUGUAUUGCCGGAUGGAACGCCAUGCAUUCAAGGAUUUUGUAACAAAGGUGCAUGCGAGAAAACUAUUCAAGAUGUUGUAGAACGUUUUUGGGAUAUCAUUGAAGAAAUCAACAUUAAUAAGAUGUUGAGAUUCUUAAAGGAUAACAUUGUAGGCACAGUGAUUUUGGUUACUGGUUUGAUAUGGGUACCAGCGUCUUGUAUUAUUAACUGGUUAGAUCAUAAACGUGCAAAAGAAGUCAGCGAAAGAAGAAAAUGGGAAGAUCAGGAUGAUUUUGUACAAAUGUCCAAUGACGCAAGACCCAAAAAAAUAAUUUACAUAAAAGUGCCAACUAGUCAAAUGGAAAUUCUAAUGACGAAUAAAUAA